AUGCCCUGGGACUCAGAAGAAACGGUGUACAUCGAUGGCUCCUGGGCGUUCAUGCAUGGCGCGCAUCAGCACAUCCUGAGGGUUGCCCGCAUGCGAUGUACGCACCUCCUCGUCGGCGUUCACUCGGACGAGGUGCUCGCGGAGGAGUGCGGCCGAACCACGCUGGAGGACUACGAGCUCCGACUGCAGCGCGUCCUGCACAAUCGGUACGUGUCCAGCGUGCUGAAGGACGCCCCCUGGACACUGACGCCUGACAUGCUGUCUAGUUUGGGAGUGAACCGGGUGAUGAUUGGGUCGGUCGGGAAGCUGCGCGACUGCGGCAGGGAGGACGGCGCCGACCCGUACGUCGCGGCCCGCGACUUGGGCAUGCUCGAGGUCGUGCCCUCGCUGGACGGCACGACCGAGAGCAGCUUCCACGAGUCCCAGCUCGCGAGGGCGGCCCUGGCCGCGCCGAGCACUCUGUGUCCGGCCGCCUAA